UGAUGAACCCACAGUGCAAGCUGGAGAAACUACAUCUGUAUGAAUGCAGUAUUACAGAGGAACAGAGUCUCUUCCUGACUUCAGCUCUGAAAUCAAACCCAUCACACCUGAGACAUCUGUACCUGAGCUGUAAUAAACUAGGAGACUCAGGAGUGAAGCACUUAUGUGAUGUACUAAAGGAUUCACACUGUAAACUGGAGAGAUUGAGACUAAAGGACUGUGGCAUUACAGAUGUUUCUGCUUUAACUCAGUCUUUGACGAACUCAAAUGCACUGCAGUUUUUAAAAGAGCUUGAUCUGAGAGACAAUAAGAUCAGAGACUCAAAGCAGCUCAGAGACGUGUUACGAGACUCAAACUGUAAAGGUGAAAUAGAUUGAGAAGAUCAAAGCUGAGAUGAAGCAAGAAUAAAGAAGUCUUUAGUAUAAGGGCUCAAUCAUGAUGAUAUUGGAAUUUAACAUCUCAUCCAUAUUGAAGCAAACAAAAUAUCACUAAUCAUAACUGUCAUUGCCAAAUUUGCCACUCCAACGUUUCAAGUGAUAUGACAUUGUUGUGUGCUACACGAUUUCUUUAUGCCUUGCUGUCAUUUUCCAUUUGUGGACAUUUUCAGGGAUGAGAUUCUUUCGGAAUAAUAGGACUAAAAUCAUGACUCACGUGAAUCAUGUAGAUUUCAUGACUUUAUGGGUUUAUCACUGCCCUUUCAUCUUAAUCACGCUAUGUGACAUGGGAUAAUAUUAAACCAUUUGUGUGAUUUUUUUUUAUAUUCGCAAUCAGAGAGAGAGAGAGAGAGAGUGUGUGUGUGUGAGAGAGAGAGAGACAAAUAUUUAGUCUGUUUACACUUUAGGACUGUGAUAUUAAUCAAAUUUUAUUUUUGAUUCUGGCUUCCAAGGAUUAUAAAAAGAAGAUAUUUGAGGUCAAACUUUAACUAUCCACGUUCCAUCUAGCGCAGCUUCCUUUCCUUCACAGCGGAGAGCUUUCCUUCCUUCCUAAAACACAAACUUCACGUCAGAAUCAACUCAAUCUGUGAUAGUUGAAACUAAUACUGGCGAGAGAUGCUGUUUUCAACUUCAAGGUGGCUCUUGUGUGUGUGUGUGUGUGCGUGUGUGUGUGUGUGUGUAUGCCUCCCGAAACGGCCCGCAAAAGACUAGCAAAUUAUACAUUAAGCUUUGUGUAAGUCUAAACCAUCAAAUAGAUGAUGUUAGUGUAUAUUAUUAGUAUGUAAUUAUUUUUAAAAACUUACAUUUAUAUUUUGUAUAGCUGAUUCAUUUAAGAACAAAAAAUCUUGUUUUGUUAAUAAAAAAAGAUUGUAUUGCA